UAUUUUAAUAAUUUUGGGUCUAUUGUUUAAAAAGUGUAUGUUUCAUUUGCAUUUUGAAUAAAAAUAGGCUAUAUUACUUUACUUUAAACUUUAUUUAAAUUAGGAGUUCCUGGACUCCAGUUUAAAAACCUUUGUGAUAAAUUUUCACAUUUUCCUUAUUGUCACACACAAAAAACCAUUUCUGUGUCCCAGUUUUCUUCUGACUUUCUGAGGGAGAAUUUUUGGAAAUGUCUGCACCCUUUUGCUUUCAGAUUAACACAGUAAUUUGGCGUGAUGACCCACUUUCCAAAAGCAAAGCCUGUCGUAUCCAUCUCUCACAAAGUCAGUUUAUGUGAUAAAAUAUACAAAUUAUAGCUUGACUGGCUAUCAUGAUAUUGUAAAAAAGAACAACAAAAAAAAACACCACCUGAGCAAAAUAUGUCUGUUUUUCAUGCUACAGCCAUAAUAAUAUUGCCAUUAUUCUUGCUUUAAUUUAGGCUAACUAUUUGAAUUUACAUUUCCCAUAAAAUAUUUCAUCGUUUUCAUAACGACUAAACGUUUAUUUCAAUCUUAUAAUGGCAUAUUACAAUGUUUACUUUACAACAAUAAGCUCCCUAUCUGAUAAAAACAGCACCUGUUUGUUUUUGUGACUGCGCGCUUAUCUGAUUGGACAGACUCUUAAUCCUAUAAAAGUUUUGACAGGUCAAAUAAGCGUAUAAAAUACUGCGAUAAACUCAAUCGACAAAGGACGUCAGACGUGGAUGAAUAUUACAAUCAUAUUUGGCAUCAGAAUGAACAUCUGGAAAAUGAAUCCAAUGGCAGUUGUUGGUGACCCGCGCUUCUACACCAGUAUGGGCUGCGCGCGCCUCGGUGAAGGAGAUCCCGCGCAUCCCUUCGACAAUUUCACCACAAGCCAUCAAAUUAUCGAUGUGACGACAUCAGCGGAGACCGACAGAAAAAGUUUCCAGGGUCUGGAAAGUGGAUGUCACGGAAACUCGGUGUCGAGCAGCAGGACAGUCAAAGAGCCAGGCGCGCUGCGGUUGUUAAUCAAUGCGCGUGAACGAAGGCGCAUGCACGAUCUCAACGAAGCGCUGGAUGACCUGAGGGCUGUCAUUCCGUACACGUCGAACCGCAAGGUGAAGAAAUUGUCCAAGAUAGCGACACUUCUCCUGGCCAAGAACCACAUCCUGAUGCAGGCUCGAGCCUUGAAGGAGAUGCGGAGGAUAGUAGAGCAGAUGGAUGUGACACAGAAUGUUAUGAUGCCACCUUACACGCUGUCACAUAUAUAGACUGUCAGUGUGUUUUUGUUUCUUAGCAUGUGAGCAAUCUGAUGAUAAUUAUACACCUAAAAUGUAUUGUUUCAGGUUCUUGCUUGUGUAAAUAAUAUUGUAAGGACAUCAUUUGUUCCAUAUGUGCAUGGUCUUUGAAACAUUUUUCUAUCUUUUCUUCUCUUCUUUUCUUCUAUCAUCUACGUUUUAUAGUGCAAU